GGGGCUGGAGCGGCGGCGGCGGCGGCAGCAGGACGAGCAGUAGCGGCGGCGGCGGCGGCGAGCGGAGGAGGAGGAGGAGGAGGCGAGGAGGGAGGCGGCCGGGCGGGAGGGCGUCGGGAGGCCCGGCAGCAUCAUGGCGGACAGAGACAGCGGCAGUGAGCAGGGCGGCGGCGGUGGCGGCGGAGGGGCGCCUGGCUCGGGCCCGGGUGGCGGCGGCGGCGGCGGCGGAGGGCCUGGCGGUGGCGGCGGCGGCGUGGGCCUGCAGCACGAGACGCAGGAGCUGGCCUCCAAGCGGGUGGACAUCCAGAACAAGCGCUUCUACCUGGACGUCAAGCAGAACGCCAAGGGCCGCUUCCUGAAGAUCGCGGAGGUGGGGGCGGGCGGGAGCAAGAGCCGGCUGACGCUGUCCAUGUCGGUGGCCGUGGAGUUCCGCGACUACCUGGGCGACUUCAUCGAGCACUACGCGCAGCUGGGCCCCAGCCAGCCCCCGGAGCUGGCGCAGGCCGCGGACGAGCCCCGGCGGGCCCUGAAGAGCGAGUUCCUGGUCCGCGAGAACCGCAAGUACUACAUGGAUCUGAAGGAGAACCAGCGCGGGCGGUUCCUGCGCAUCCGGCAGACGGUGAACCGGGGCCCCGGGCUGGGCUCCACGCAGGGCCAGACCAUCGCCUUGCCGGCCCAGGGCCUGAUCGAGUUCCGCGACGCCCUGGCCAAGCUGAUCGACGACUACGGCGUGGAGGAGGAGCCCGCCGAGCUCCCCGAGGGCACCUCCUUGACGGUGGACAACAAGCGCUUCUUCUUCGACGUGGGCUCCAACAAGUACGGCGUCUUCAUGCGGGUCAGCGAGGUCAAGCCCACCUACCGCAACUCCAUCACCGUCCCCUACAAGGUCUGGGCCAAGUUCGGGCACACCUUCUGCAAGUACGCCGACGAGAUGAAGAAGAUCCAGGAGAAGCAGAGGGACAAGAGGGCCGCGGCCACCGCCUCGGCCUCCUCCACCGCCACCACCGGCCCUGGCUCCUCGUCCUCCUCCGGCGGCGCCGAGCAGCAGCCCGAGACCGAGGGCAGCACCAGCCCCGCCGCCUCUGGCCCUCCAGCUGGGGCCUUGCUGCAGGCCGAGGAGCCCGAGGAGGAUUGAUCUCCUUCCUUCCCUCCCUUCCUUCCUCCCAUCCUUCCUUCCUCCCUUCCUCCUCUCCACUUGGCUGCCUCCUCCCUGCCCUGCUGCACAGAGACACUUGUAACAAUAAUAAUAAUGACGAUAAAGAUGAUGAUAAUGACGACAGCAACAACACCCAACAACAACAACAACACACACAGAGAGAGAGACUUUACUGUAAGCAAGAAAGAGAGAGAGAGAAACUACACAUUACCUGCAGCCCAGAUAUACCUGUUGUUGUGAUGACUCCAAAGGGGAGCGCCAACCACCCAUCCUCCACCACCAAAACCAGUACCUGCAACCCAGUAUACCUGUUGUUGUGAUGACUCCAAAGGGGAGCACCAAACACACAUCCAACAACAACCAACAACAAAACCAAUACCUGCAACCCAAUAUACCUGUUGUUGUGAUGACUCCAAAGGGGAGCGCCAACUACCCAUCCACCACCAACAGCCACCCAAACCAGUACUUGCAACCCAGUAUAUGGCUCCAAAAGGGAGCGCCAACCAACCACCCAUCCACCACCAACAACCAACAAAACUGACAGCAAGCAAGCAAGCCAAGCAAGCCACCACCACCACCACCUUCUACUACUACUACUACUACUACGACUUCUUCUUCUUUCUCUCCACCGCCCCAUCGCUGGAUUGUUCCUUCCACUCUUGCCCAUCGUAUAAAACAACUUUUACCAGUAAAUAUCGGUUUAUUCCUGAAACCAGAAGCCCUAAACAUAUCUUUGUUUAUAAGAACUUUCAGUACCAUCUAUCGAUUUCAUCCUAUGACCUGUUAUUUGCAAAGCAAGGUAACCUCCACAGCCAGUGGGGAUGUGAGAUCAUGCGCCGCCACCUCCGUGCACUUCAUUUCGUUCCUAAAUGUUGUGUGUGUGCCAAGAGUCCUAUGUAUGUGGGGGAAAUCUCGCUUAUUGUUAAUUCUGCUUAGGAUUCUGCGCACAUCUGCAUCAUUUAUAGAUUGCAUCCAAUAAUGGAGGUGAGGUGCUGCCAAAGGAGGCAUGAGUUCUCUAGUAUUCAUGUGGUAGAACAAAUCAAAAUUCCUUCCUCUUGAGAUGAGAUCCCUAGUGUUCUUAAAUCUUCACUGUGUGUUAUCUCAACUGAAAUCUACUUUUCCACCCCUUGUGCAGCCUCCCUUUUUGUGGCCCUGGUUGUGCAAUAUAGUUGGCAACAACCUUAAUAUGAACAGUUGAUACUGACCCUUCUUUGAAGCAUUCAGAAGGUGUGAGGAGGACUUCUGUUGCCACUCUGGAACACGAAUGUUUAUACAUCGUGUGAUAUCAAUCAUCUAAAGUUUAAAGAUAAAUUGUCUUCAACACUGGUAAAUUACAGUAUAACACAAGCAACUGAAACUGGUCCAAAAUAUUAUAAUAUAUAGCUUUUCCUAUAUAAGCAAUUUAUUUACAAUUUCAAAUUCCGAAAAAAAAGAUUCUUUAAUGGUGCAUAUCACUCUUGGUUUUUUUACAGUCAAUAUUGUAAUUUUGUAAUAAUGUGAAUAUUUAAUUAAAUUGUUUAACAUGGAAAAAUAUAUGUAAAUUAAAUUUUAUUCCAAGGUGCUCCACAUUUCAAUGCUGUGCUGCAGUCAGUAUUAUUCCAGUACAAGGCUUUCUUCUUAGAAAGAAAAAGGUUGUUCAUUCUGUUCUCAUAAGGCUAAGUAAUUACAUUCAUUUAAAGAUUUGGAAUUCUGAAGCCACAUUGCUAAAACUCUGUAGCUGUGCCAUUUCUUUAAACUCAAAUGGCUGAUAACAAGCCUGUCUGAAAUCAUAUGUGGCAGAAUAAGUCCUGACAUAAGAAAGUGAAUAUGCAGAAGUAGGACCACAUAUGCCCCCCUUCUAGUUUGCUUCUCCACUCUGUAAGUAUAAAAUGAAGUCAGGAUUUAGCACUUAAACAAAGCUUCUCAUUAUGGAACUGGGGCCUGUGUGAUUCCAAACAAGUCAGAGCUUUACAGCCAACUUCAAAAUCCUUGUUUAAAGGUGACCUGAUCCUGGCUUGUUUGGGAAUGCUUAAUCAUAAUUCUCAGUUUGUAUGUAAUGUAACAGAUGUUUAAAUGCUAGUUUCUUGUUUUCACGCUGACAAAAGGGAGAAGUGAAAACAGAGGAAACAGUUUGCCUGCAUUCACAUGGUGCUUUAUUAAGCCAGGAUUUUGGCAGCACAUUAUGUUUAUACAUGGGCAGCAAAAUAGCAAAUAUAUAUAUAAGUAUUAGAUGGGUAAGAUAUUAAAAAAGAAAAUAAAAGAAUAAGCCUUUGUGUAACUUUAAACAGAAGUUGAAAUGUUUUCCUUUUUGAAAAGUCCAACAACAGGUAGUUCUAAUUAUUUUACAAUAUUCUAAGAUAUCCUAUAUCUUUUUCCCAGUAGAAUCUCUUUUUUUUUACAAUGAAUGUUGCAUAGAUAUAGCACUAAUGUCAGUGAGGCUUCAGCAUCCAAUGCACAAACAAAAUAUUUCCUAGUGUAUAUACUGUUUCCUAGUGCAUAAAAGCAAAGGAAGCAAGCAACAAAGCCUUUAUUCAUUAUUGGUUAAAUUGAAAGACCAUUCUUAUAAAUUGCAGAUGGAUGGCAAAAAUCCUAUUGACUUCUCUGGAAACAGUAUUAACUCCUUCUUUACAAGAACAUAUACCUGCAUACAUAAUCAUAGAAGUUCAAGGUUUCAUAAUUGCAUUAAUUAUAUAUAGAUUAAACAAGAGGAAGGGAAGGGAAGAAAAAAAAAAAAGAAAUGUGGCAAUACCAAGUGGUACUUCAUCUGAAGAAGAGAGUUUAUAUCUACAAAAGCGCAUGCUAAAAUACAAAUCAAUCUUAAAGAUGUUGCCAUAAUUCUUUUUCCCUCUCCCUGCCUUCUUUUUAUGCUGCAAGAGACUAACACAGCUACUUUUUUGAAAUAUAACAUCUUCGUGUUUUGAUGUAGGAUGCUGUUAAUUUUAUAACCAUUUUAUAAAAAAUUGUCAGCAAAAGUAUUUUUACCCAUUUUGAUUCAUGGGUAAUCACUAUGAACUAUUCAAUCACUAUGAACUAGUUCUCCCCGCAGGCACGUAAACAGAAGGAUGUCAGGGUGAAGAGAAGCUAUGGGCAAUCGUAUGGAGAACCUGCAGCUAACUCUAGGAUCAUAACUGGUGGGGAAAGUGCAGCCACGAUCAUAGCUUCUGCUAAUUGUUCUCCAUACAGUAUAUAGUUUGCAUGGGAGGAUUUUACAGUGCAAACAAAUCCUACAAUUUUUGUUUCCAUUUCCAGAUAUUAAGAUAAAAAUCUGUAGUAUGUUUUUCACAUGUGAGGUUUUUUGUUUUGUUUUGUUUUUUGAAAGGACAGAAAAAAAAUCUCUCAAGGAAAGAAUAGAAAUAUCUCUCAAUCUCUGCAUAAUUUUUGUUGCUAGUUAAUCUUUAGUAGAUGUGCUAGUAUCUCUUGGUGGUUAUGUUUUUCUGUAACUUUUUAAUUAUCAUACAAGCAUAUAGUACUGUAAGAGUACGCACUUAUUAGAAGAUUGGAAUGUUGAACAAGGCAAAAAUCUUUGUUUUUAUUUAUGUAAAUAACUACUAUUCUUUUGUUUUAAGAAACCUGCCUACCAUCUCACAACUGUUGUAUUUUUGACAUAAUGGACAACGUUCAGACAUUCUGUGGCUUAUGUAUUUGUGUAACUGUUUGUAUGUAACUACUAACUCUAAAUUGUAAGUAAGAAACAUGCUUGUUCCAUUUAUUCAGAGUAUUAUCUCUCCUGUCUAAAAAUAUUUUCAGUUAUAUGAGAAAAUGAAUUUAUUUAUUUUUUUAAGAUUGUCAUGCAAGAUGUGGUUUCUCUGCUUUUUUAAAAAAAAAUACUGGGGUGGGGUGGGUGAGGAUUUUAUCUAGUUUUCACUUGAUAGACCAAAGUUACCAUUGACACUGUCUUGCAAUGCUGAUCAAAUUUAUCUCAUUUGCACUUUAAAUGAAUAAAACACAAGGAAAAUCAAGGUGUCAAUUGUAUAUACAUUCACUGUAAAGUAGAAUGUAUAUCAUUAGUCAGUAUGUUUAUAAAGAGGGUAUUUUCCUUUGUUGCGGGAAGGGGAGUACUCUGGCAAUGUAUUUGCUAGUCAAUAUAAAGUGUUUACAUGUAAUUACUUAAUAAAUUAUUUGAUUUAA